AUGAGUCUGAAGAAAGGAGAAGUUAAUCUUGGUACUUCCAUCAUGGCAGUUGCCUUCAAAGAUGGUGUAAUUCUUGGUGCUGAUUCACGUACAACCACUGGUGCUUACAUUGCCAACAGAGUUACCGACAAAUUGACCAAAGUUCAUGACACUAUUUACUGUUGCCGUUCUGGCUCUGCUGCCGAUACUCAAGCAGUUGCCGACAUUGUUCAUUACUAUCUUCAGAUGUAUUCUGUAAAUGAAAACGAAGCUCCUUCUGUUCAUACAGCUUCUGCUCUCUUCCAAGAAAUGUGCUAUCAAAACAAGGAUAAUUUAUCUGCAGGUAUCAUUGUUGCUGGUUGGGACAAGACAGAUGGUCCCUCUGUAUAUAAUAUUCCCCUUGGUGGUUCCUUACACAAAGCUCCUUUUGCCAUCGGUGGCUCUGGAUCAACUUAUAUCUACGGUUACUGUGAUGCAAACUAUAGAGAUGAUAUGGCUCGCGAAGAGUGCGAAACUUUUGUCAAGAAUUCUCUGUCAUUAGCAAUGUCUCGUGAUGGCUCUUCAGGUGGUGUUAUUCGUUUAGCUGUUAUUACAAAAGAUGGUGUCGAGAGAUUGUUCGUUCCUGGAAACGCUUUGCCUGUUCAUUGGGAAGGAUAA